AAUAAUAAGUUAGAUUAUAAAAAAUUUAGACUUUUUGAAAUUAUUAAAAAAGUUUUACUAAUUAAUUUUAAACUAAAACUCUUAGAUAUAAUACGAUACUAUUUAGUUUUUUAUAUUUUAUUUCUUAAGCCGGUACCUAAGGGCUUAUAUAUAAAAGACCGUAUUAUUAUCGAACUUAAUAAACUAAAAUACGAAGUUAAAUAA